AGGAGCCGUGAGGAGCCGUGAGGAGCCGUGAGGAGCCGUGAGGAGCCGUGAGGAGCCGUGAGGAGCCGUGAGGAGCCGAGGGGCGGUGGGCGGGAGAUCGCGCCGGGCCCGCCCCGCCGCCGGCAGCGCGGCCAGCGCCGCUCCAGCAGAGGCGCCGGGAGCCGCAGGAUUACAGCGCUGGCUCCGCGGGGAAAGGCAGCGCUGCGGCGGCUGCAGGGGCUCUGCUGCAGGUUAAACCUUGCCCUCUGAAAGAAUUAAACACAGUUCCUCUGAGACAAGCAGAGCUGCUGAAUUCAGGAGACUGAAGAUGCUGCUGCUGCUGUGGGGGCAGCUGCUCCUGGUGCCGUUUGUUGGCUGCCUUGCAGAUGCAGAGAGCCCCAGGACGAAGAUGAGGAGCGCGGUGUCGGUGCGGGAGGGCCAGGGGGUCGUGCUGCUCUGUGGGACCCCGCCCCGGGCUGGAGAGCUGUCGUUCGCCUGGAUCUUCAACGAGUACCCGUCGUUCGUGCAGGAGGACAGCCGGCGCUUCGUGUCGCAGGAGACCGGGCACCUCUACAUCGCCAAGGUGGAGCCCUCGGACGUGGGCAACUACAGCUGUGUGGUGACCAGCCCGGCCUCCAGGAGCCCCGUGCUGGGCUCCCCCACGCCCCUGGUGCUGCGCACCGAUGGUGUGAUGGGAGAAUACGAGCCCAAAAUAGAAGUUCAGUUCCCCGAGACGCUGGCAGCAGCCAAAGGCUCCACUGUGAAGCUGGAGUGCUUUGCACUGGGAAACCCUGUGCCUCAGAUUAACUGGAGAAGAACUGACGGGCUGCCAUUUCCAAGUAAAAUAAAGCUGAGGAAAUCCAAUGGCAUGAUUGAAAUCCCUAAUUUCCAGCAGGAGGACGCAGGGCUCUAUGAGUGCAUCACGGAAAACUCCAGAGGCAAAAACAUUGCAAGAGGACGUCUCACUUACUAUGCAAAGCCUCACUGGAUCCAGACCAUAAAGGACGUGGAGGUUGCUGUGGAGGACACCUUGAACUGGGACUGCAGGGCGGGUGGGAAGCCCAAACCUUCCUACAGGUGGCUGAAGAAUGGAGAGCAGCUGGCAACAGAGGGAAGGAUCCAAAUUGAAAAUGGUGCACUUACAAUAUCAAAUCUAAAUCUGACAGAUUCUGGCAGAUACCAGUGCAUAGCUGAAAAUAAACAUGGUGUCAUCUCUUCGAGUGCAGAGCUCAGGGUUGUAGCUUCUGCUCCAGAUUUUUCCAAGAGUCCAAUGAGGAGACUGAUCCAGGUUCAGAUAGGCAGCACAGUUGAUUUUGAGUGCAAACCCAAAGCUUUCCCUAAGGCCAAAUGUUCCUGGAAGAAGGGAGGUGAGCAGCUACACGAAAAUGAAAGGAUCACCCUGUUGAAGGAUGGAGGACUGAGGAUAGCCAACGUGACCAAGGGCGAUGCUGGCAGCUACACGUGCCUGGCCACAAACCAGUUUGGAGCAGCCAGGGGCUCCACCAGCUUGGUCGUGACAGAGCCCACCAGGAUCACCCUGGCACCUUCCAACAUGGAUGUCACCGUGGGGGAGAGCGUGGUGCUGCCCUGCCAGGUGCAGCACGAUCCCCUGCUGGACAUCAGCUUCACCUGGUACUUCAACGGGACCCUCACGGACCUCCAGAGGGACGCCUCGCACUUCGAGAAGGUUGGAGGGAGUGCCUCCGGGGAUUUGAUGAUCAGGAACAUCCAGCUGAAGCACAGUGGGAAGUACGUGUGCAUGGUGAAGACGGAGGUGGACAGCGUGGCCUCUGCUGCCGACCUCAUCGUGCGAGGCUCUCCUGGGCCCCCUGAGCACGUGAAGGUGGAGGAGAUCACGGACACCACUGCCCAGAUCUCCUGGCAGGAGGGCACAGACAACCACAGCCCCGUGACCACCUACACCAUCCAGGCCAGGACCCCCUUCUCCGUGGGCUGGCAGCGAGCCACCACAGUUCCGGAUGUGAUCGACGGGAAAACCUUGACAAGCACAGUAGUGGAUUUAAAUCCUUGGGUUGAAUAUGAAUUUCGUGUAGUUGCCAGUAACAAAAUAGGAGGUGGAGAGCCUAGUUUGCCCUCAGAAAAAGUAAGAACUGAAGAGGCAGUUCCCGAAAUUCCCCCGUCUGAGGUCAGCGGGGGAGGAGGCAGCAGGUCUGAGCUGGUCAUAACGUGGGAUCCCGUCCCUGAGGAGCUGCAGAACGGGGAGGGCUUUGGCUACGUGGUUGCCUUCCGCCCCUCGGGCACCACGACGUGGAUCCAGACCGUGGUGACGUCCCCUGACACGCCCCGCUACGUCUUCAGGAACGAGAGCAUCCUGCCCUUCUCCCCCUACGAGGUCAAGGUCGGGGUCUACAACAACAAAGGGGAGGGCCCCUUCAGCGCCAUCACCACGGUGUUCUCAGCUGAGGAAGAGCCCAGCACGGCCCCCUCAGGAGUGUCUGCCACCAGCCUGUCCUCCUCGGCCAUCCUGGUGUCCUGGACAGCCAUUCCCUGGAAGACGAGCAAUGGAAGGCUGCUGGGCUAUGAGGUUAGGUACUGGAAUAAUGGCCAAAAAGAAGAAUCUUCAAACAGAGUAAAAGCACCAGGGAAUGAAACAUCAAUAAAAAUCACGGGCUUGAGGAGCAACUUGGUUUAUUACACAGCUGUCCGUGCCUACAACAGCGCUGGGGCAGGGCCCUUCAGUGCCACUGUCAAUGCCACCACCAAAAAGCCACCACCCAGCCAGCCCCCAGGAAACGUGGUGUGGAAUGUCACGGACUCCAGAGUUAUCCUGAGCUGGGAGGAGGUCAGAGCCAUGGACAACGAGUCCGAGGUCACGGGCUACAAGGUUCUGUACAGGACCAGCAGCCAGGGCAGGGUGCAGGAGCUGAGCACGCCGGGCACCACGGCCGAGCUGUGGCUGCGGCUGCAGGACGAUUAUUUCAUCGAGGUCCGGGCCACCACCGAGGGGGGAGACGGCAGCAGCAGCGAGCAGAUCCUCAUCCCCAGGCUGGCCAGUAUGGAUGCAAGAGGUUCUGGCCCAUCAGUCUUGAGUACCUUCAGUGUCUCCAGCUUAGCAACAAUAUUUUCCUUGACCCUUAAUUCUGUGUUGUGCUGAUACAUUUGCAUUUGCUGGGGAAAAAAAAUUGGUUACUAAAGUGCUUUUUUAAAAAAAAAAACUGCAGUGGUUAAUGCAUGUUUUUUCUUCUAUCCUGACGUGUUUUUAAAUUCUUUCUAUUUCACUGUAAGUUGAAGUAAAAAUACCAUGUAAAGUUUAGCAAAUCCUUUAAAAAGGAAUCUAAAAUGCCUUAAUACUUGAACCAAAGGAGUUUACAUGUUACAUACUUCAGAUACAGUGUGAGAGGGGGAGGGAUGGCACUGUGAGAUCAGGGCUACGAGGGAGAGGGAGAAACUCCAUUUUUGCAGGUACCCUGAAUUGUUCUGGGUCUGCUGUGUGUUGUUAAAAUAACAUCUGGCAUGGGAAAGAUGAAAGUCAGAGGGUGACACAAGCACCCCGUGGCUGCUCCCCAGGCAGUGCCAUCACCCAAGAGUUUGGAUCAUUUUCCUGCUGCCCCUCGUGGGAGUUGCUCUAAAUGAAAAGGAAAUCCCAAAAGAAAUCCCCAAAGAAAUCCCAUCUGGGGCAGGGCCUCCACUGCUGCUGCUGAGAAAUGAGCUCCCAGCUGAGUUUUGAGGAGGUUUGUGCACCUCCAUUGGUAAAUUCUGAAUUUCACCUCCUCCCCACCCACCUCUCCUCAGCAGGUUCUUCACUCACAGCAGCCUCUCCCACCUCCAGGAGGGUUUGGUUCCUCUCCUGCCAGAGUUGCAGGAGCUGGAGCUGGCAGUGAUGACUGCAGGGGCUUAGGGAGGGCUCCUGGUGCUCCCAGACCUGCAGCCCCAAAUUCUCCUGCUCAUUUCUGUGCCACGCUGCACUGCAAACACCCUGAAUUCAGACAGUCAGACCCCUCCUUCCUGCUGCUCUUGAACCCCAAAUUCCCCUGCUCAUUUCUGUUUCUCAUUUCUGUGCCACACUGCACUGCAAACACCCUGAAUUCAGACAGUCAGACCCUCCCUUCCUGCUGCUCUUGAACCAGUCCUGAGCUGUUCCCCUGCCCAGGCUCUCAGCUGUGCCCCACUAGUGGCACAUGAGCCUGGGAAGUUCAUGGCAAUACCAGGAUAUAAAAAAAGUGAUACAACAACACUUGAGAGUUGCUGUUGUAGAGAAAUCUUUGCUUUCUUUCAUGGCUGUAAAUUAAAGAUACAUUAAGCCUGGUCCAUUUGAUUUCUAGAGUUGUGACUUCAGUCAAAUCACCCUUUUAGACACCUUUUAGAGAGGUCACAGCAUCCCUGUUCCAGCACAUGUUCACAUGACAUAAAACACUUCCUCUUCGAGACUGGGGUUUUCUGUAAUUUCACAAUACUGUCACGACACACAGAACUACAAAAGGAGAACCAGGAUUAAUAAAGUUAUGGUAGCACUGUAGAAAAAAAUACCUUGAUAUGCAUUCAGCUGGCUGCAGAGCUCCAGAUGAGACAAAGUGCUGCUGAGGAAAGCAAGAGCUGUAUAUACUGUACAUAGAGAGCUAUCAAUGAAUUAAAAAUUAGUUGCUUUUCCAUGUGGCUGACCAGUGUUGUUUUCAGACACUUGCAAACAGGGGGGUGGGUGGGACAUGGAAAUCCAGGUGUUCCUAGUGAGUAAAUAGUUCUAUUUCAUGCAACAAAGGGUGACUCUUUCUCUUGUUUCACAAAAUUCUAGUCCAGGUUCCUGUACUGCCCGUUUUUCUUGCGCUUACAUUGUAUUAUUACUUGAUUUCUAGUUCUAUAUCUCCAUGAGAUAUGUACCCAGUACCUUGUUUCAUAUUGAAAAGGUUGAAAUUUAUCCUUGAACUUCCAGUUGUGUGUGUAUCCUAUGGUUAUCUGUAUGCAUUCUUUUCUAUGGCUCUAAUAAAAUAUUUAUUACAUUGAGGGAUA